AUGCAUGAGACAUUACUAAAAAGUGACAAUGACAAAGAAGAAAUUCUGGAUAAAAUAAAUAGCCGAAGAAAUAAAGUAGCAUCGGGUGCCAUACGGUCAUUGCCACCUGCUAAAAAUAUGCUGAAAUUGGGGUGGAAUGAUGAAUUGGCGUUUUUGGCACAGCGUUGGGCUGAUCAAUGCUUGAGUAACGACUUGAUGGAUGAGUGUACAGGUAACGGAACAAUCGGUCAAAACAUUGGCACACUGUACGGUGAAGCACCGAGACUCAGUCCCGCAACAUUAGUCGAUCUGUGGUAUAUGGAGUUACUUAGUUUUAAUUCAAACAUCAUAUCUGAUUAUCGACCUUCUACAACGUCACGCCUCGCCCACUAUGAGUAUUUCACCCAACUUAUAUGGGCAAAUAAUAGAGAAGUUGGAUGCGGCGCUGUCAAAUUUCAGGAAAGAUCAGGAAAUAAAAAUAGAACAGUUCAGAGACUAGUGUGCAAUUUCCUGCCUGGCGGCAAUAUAAAGGAGCAAAGUGUUUAUAAUGAAGGAAAUCCUUGCAGUGACUGUCCUUAUAAUAGUGACUGUGAUUCAAAAUAUACAUUUCUAUGUGGGCAGAUUAGUGUCUUCAAAGAAAAUGUCGAAAGGAGAGUCAACAUCCAAUAUUCGAAUAUUUUAAUAAACAACACUUCGACAGACUUAGACACCAAUAAAGAUUAUUCCAAUGAAAAAUUAAGAGAAUCAAGCAAUGAUACAGAAACAGAUAUCGCAUUUGAUUUGUAUGCACAUCUCUUUAACGUCAGCAACUACGAAGCUACUACAAAAAAGGAAAGUGCUACUUUUUGUAAAAACCUGUUGGCUGUCGAUGAGUUCAUAGACUUAUUGAGAAAAAAAUUAAGUACAGAUAAUAUAUUUAGAGAAUUAUUACUUACAAAAGCUCCUGGCGGAGAAAGUCAAUAUACUGAUGCUAAGAUUGAUGCCAUAGUUAGUAAAAUAUAUAGCAAAAAAACACAAUCCACAACGACAAAGCCAACGGACAGUGAUAUCAUGAAUUCUACACUACUUGCAGAUUUAGUUGAAGCUGUCAUAUUUCGGAAUCGAGAUAAAAUGACUACACUUGAAGUUGUGUUUCCCAGUACAGAAGUUAUAGAGGCAAAAACAGUUCAGAUGCAAGCCGAAUUAGGUGAAAUACCACGUAACUUAGAAUUUACUGGACAUUACUUUUUCCCAGAAGAUAGUGAAGACGAUCAAACUGAUACGACAGAAUCUUAUUAUGAUCAGUCUAAUAUACCUGUAUCUGAAAUAAUUAUGGAACUUGAAGAAUUAAAAAGAAAACAACAUACAAGAGAUUUUGUAGAAGAAAUUCUUGAAUCUGAUUCUAAUGCAAACACAGUAACAAAAAGUCAUAUUAUAGCAAGUGAUAAUAAUAUGAAUGGUAAUUGA